AAGCUGUCUUGACACUCUUUUAAGGUUGAGAAAAGCGGGUAUAAAUCAAAACUCUCCUCCUUCUCCACCUUCUCUUACUUGCUGCUGUUUUCUUCUGUUUCAGAGGUUGGGUCUAUCCAUGAAGAUGGAAGCUCAGUUGGAAAGAGCUCUGUUGGAGGAAGGGAAGCUGGACCAGGAAUGUGCCCAAGAUGCCCUCUCACAUGGCAGUGAAGAAGCAGUGAUGAUCCAUUCUGUUCUUAGAGGUGUGAAAACAGCUGCUGCAGCUCCAGUCCAGUCUCUGAUUUCUUUUGAGGAGGUGGCCAUAUUUUUCACAGAGGAAGAGUGGGCACUGCUAGAUCCAGGCCAAAGAGCUCUUUAUGAAGACGUCAUGCUGGAGAACUAUGAAAGCGUGGCUUCUGUGGCAGCACAUGUUCAGGAGAUGGUUGGGGGAAACCAGGGGUUCUCUGUGGAAAAAGAAAAGGAUAUUGUUUCUGAAGGAAAGCUUGAGGACAGAGACCGACCACCGAGGCUGGAGGGAAGCCAUGCUGGCAAGACAGCAGAAAAGUCCGUUCCGUCCCAAGGAGGAUGUAUCUGUGAAAGUCUAGUCCAAGAAGUAAGAUCAAUCGAAACAAGAACGAAUGAAUGUCUUCGUGCUAACCAGAGAAUCUGCUCCAGUGAAAACAAAAGUGAAAAUCUGUUCUUUGGAAAGACGUUCAGUGAGAAUAUGACUCUUAUUUCUGAGAGGCAAAUUCCCUUAGGAGAGAAAUUGUAUGACUGCCUGAAGUGUGGAGAGGCCUUCAGUCAAAAACCAGCCGUUUCAUCCCAUCAAACUCAGUCAGGGGAUGAGCAGUGGAAUGAGGGUGAUGAGACAGUGCUAAAUAUAGUCCAGAACGAAGAUUUGGAAGGAAUCUUCAGCAAUCAAGGUGGACCUAAUAAGCAGAGAGGAAGUCACAUGACUGAAAAUAGGGAUAAACCUAUUUCAUGCCAAGGGCAGGAUUUCAGUGAACUAAUCCAAACAGCAGAGGAAGCAUAUAAGUGUUUGGAAUGUGGGAUGACCUUCUCAGAUCAAAGCCAACAUGAGAUACAUCUGCAAAUGCACAGUGGAAAGAAGACCCAUCAAUGCUUGGAGUUUGGAAAGAAUUAUGUUCACAGAACAGAGCUACCUCAUCUUCAAAGAACAUAUAAAGAAGAGAAACCUGAUAGCUGCACAGACAGUGGCAAGUGUUUCUCACAAAAAUCGGAUCUUUCUCAAAACCAUUGUUGCACUCAUUCAGGAGGGAAUCCAUUAAUCUGCCUAGAAAGUGGGAAGGCCUUCUCUGGUACAAGAAAGGGUAAUGUUCACCUCCCAAAGCAUAGUAUAAUAAAGCAAUAUAAAUGUUUUUGGUGUGGAAAGUACUUCAGCUGCAGAUCAAAGCUCCUGCUGCACCAAAGAACUCACACAGGGGAGAGGCCUUUUGAAUGCUCAGAGUGUGGAAAGAGAUUCAGUCGGAGUGGCCAUCUUCAACGGCAUCAAAGAACUCACACAAAUGAGAAACCUUUUGAAUGCUCAGAGUGUGGAAAGAGAUUCAGUCUGACUGGCAGUCUUCAAGAGCAUAAAAAAACUCACACAAAUGAGAGACCUUUUGAAUGCUCAGAGUGUGGAAAGAGAUUCAGUCAUAAUAAUACUCUUCAAAUGCAUCAAAGAACUCACACAAAUGAGAGACCUUUUGAAUGCUUAGAGUGUGGAAAGAGAUUCAGUCGGAAUGACCAUCUUCAACGGCAUCAAAGAACUCACACAAAUGAGAGACCUUUUGAAUGCUCACAGUGUGGAAGAAGAUUCCGUCGGAGUGGCCAUCUUCAACAGCAUCAAAGAACUCACACAAACGAGAGACCUUUUCAGUGCUUAGAGUGUGGAAAGACAUUCCGUCAGAGCGGCAAUCUUCGAAUUCAUCGAAGAACUCACACAAAGGAGAGACCUUUUGAAUGCUCAGAAUGUGGAAAGAGAUUCAGUCAUAGUAACACUCUUCAAAACCAUCAAAGAACUCACACAGGGGAGAGACCUUUUGAAUGCUCAGAGUGUGGAAAGAGAUUCAGUCGGAGUGGCCAUCUUCAACUGCAUCAAAGAACUCACACAAAUGAGAAACCUUUUGAAUGCUCACAGUGCGGAAAGAGAUUCAGUCGGAGUGGCCAUCUUCAACGGCAUCAAAGAACUCACACAAAUGAGAGUUUUGAAUGUUCAGAGUGUGGAAAGAGAUUCAGUCAUAGUAACACUCUUUAA